AUGCUGACUUUGAAACUGAGGGCCUGCAUAUUGGGCCUUCUUUGUACGCUUCUAGCACAUAACAUCGUCGCUGCGAUCGGGUUCCCGAAUAUCACAGCCGAACUCGGCCCUCGACUCUCUUCAGGCGCACGGAUAAUUCUUCCAAACAACACAGAUUUCAAGAGGGCAACGUACCGAUGGUCAGCUUUUGCUAAACCUCGUCCCACCAUUGUUGUUGAGGUUGCCACGGAACAAGAUGUUGCGGAAACGGUCAAAUACGCCAAUGAACAAGAAAUACCCUUUCUGGCACAAUCCGGCUCUCAUGGAGCGAUGAUUACUCUAGCAAAUCUCCAUUUUGGCAUCGAGAUAUGGUUGCAUAAGCUUGACUGGACCAUCAUAUCAGAAGAUGGCGAUACGGCUACAAUCGGUGGCGGUAUUCUAGCCGGUAAUCUCAUCGAAGCCUUGUGGAAGAAAGGGAAAUAUGCAGUGACCGGUUCUUGUGAGUGCACUAGCUACCUCGGCCCGCUCCUUGGGAUCGGCCACAGUAUUCUGCAGGGUAAAUACGGCUAUGCCGGCGAUCAGGUUGUUUCACUGCACUUGGUGACUGCAGACGGAGAGCUUCUCGAUGUCACGGCUUCAGACCCCGAUCCUGACCUGUUUUGGGCCUUGCGGGGUGCCGGGCACAAUUUCGGGAUUGUCACUUCGAUUACAGCAAAAAUCUAUGAUGUUCCCGAUCAAGGUCUAUGGGCUCACGAGGACUACACCUUUGGUCGUGCUAACAUCGAGGAUGUCUUUGCGACGUGGAACCGCCUUCUACCGAAUCAGCCUCCUACCGUGGUCCUGAUCGGCUUUAUGUUGCGAAAUGCCAGCGUAGACGCUGUUAACCCAGUGAUUCAACUCUCGGUCCUGCAAGAAAAUGUAUCUCGCGUCGAUCCCGUUUAUACCGAUGCCUUUCGCAAUAUAAAUCCUAUCUCUGUCCCCUCCGGAUCCGGAACCUACAAGGAUGUAGCGAGGUGGAUACGUUUUGAUUUCAGCAACCCCACAUACUGCACCGCAAAAAACGUUUCCGCGCUUCACUUUCCCGUCGGCCUUCCGAGUUGGAAUACUACGACGCAGCGUAUGGUGUACGAUGCUUUUACAAAUCUCACUGCGGGCAACUCGCCGUUCAGGGCUUCCGAGUUCAUGUUAGAGGGCUUUCCAUUACAGGGCGUCAAAGCCAUCCCAACAAGCUCGACAGCAUAUCCCCACAGGGAAGACAAUGUGAUUGGAUAUCCCCUUAUCUUCUAUCGUGCAAACACGAGUCUGGAUCACACUGCCAUCGAGGCUGGCGAAGCAAUCAGGCGAAUGCUUAUCGAGGGCAGCGGCAAGGCAGAACUCCACUCGUACGUCAACUAUGCUCUUGGUGACGAGCCACCAGAAUCAAUCUAUGGCUACGAAUACUGGCGGUUGAGCAAGUUGAAGGAGCUUAAGAAGAAGUAUGAUCCUGAAAGGCGAUUCAGUCACUAUGCGCCUAUUCCUAUCUGAGCGUUCUCUUAAGUACACUCGUCGUGUGGC